UAUAAACCUAACCUCAAACAAUUUUAAGAUCAAUUUACUUUAUUAAUUUCAUAAAAAUAAAUAUUUAAACUAUUUACGGAGUGAACAGAACUUAAUUAUGCUAAAACAAAGCCUAUUUUAUUUGGGUCGUACUGUUUUGCAACGCCACAACAACCUCUUUAGAAUAACUGAAACCCGCAAUAUUAAAAGAUGGGUGGCGCCUACUCUGAAAGAGCUGUACAGGCGAAAGGAGCGACAAGGCCCUGAACCCGAGAGGCCGAGAUCCACUUACUUGGAAUGGAACUACAAUGCAGAACUGUACGCUUUCGGAAAGCGAUUAGGGGAAGAUUUCAAGGUCGAUUUACUGAGGCAAGCUUUGACUCAGAAAGAGUACUCUCUUGUAAAUUCUCCUGAUGAUGAUAAUGCGACGCAAAUCCCCCACAAUUACGAGCUGAUACGCGAAGGCGAGGACAUUAUUAACAAUUACCUGAAACAAGAAUUAAGUAAAUCCUACCCGGAAGAUAUAGUGAAUUCUGUUCUCGAAUAUCUAACGACAGAGAAAAUGUUAUCCCAUAUCGGAACCCACAUCGGUUUGAAAGACAUUAUCCUAACCACUGAGUUCCCAGUAGACCCCAGCACAAUUAGCAACACAUUCAAGUCGGUAGUGUCUGCAUUAAAGCAUUCGCAAGACCUGCCUCGUGCCGAGCAAUUUGUGAGGGACUUCGUCCUCAGCCAGAUCAGCGAUAAAGACGUAUUGGAAAUAUGGGAGCCUCAAGAGCCGUACAAUUAUCUCACGAAGCUAGUGCAGGAGAAAGGCCUGGGGCCUGUCGAGCCGAGGUUAUGCAGCCAAUCCGCGUCUAAUACGAUUUUGAGGUGUUUCCAAGUCGGUUUGUACAGCGAUAAGAAGUUAUUGGGAAUAGGUUGGGGCGAGAAUGUUAAUAUUGCAAAGGAAAGCGCGGCGUUGGACGCGUUACAGAAAUUGUGGAAUACUAAUAAAGUGUUGAGAUAUUGAUGAUUGAUUGAGAUAAAAUAGACAUUUAAUUUGU